GGAAAACAUAAAGAUGGGAGUGGUUCUCAUAAGAGAGCGGUGAAUUUCCUCUUCCAUCGCAUUCAGUCCAGCUACCUCCGCUUCCACUCGCAUAUUCAUUAUGCAUCGUAACACCAUACUGAGCAUCGUGACGGUUGCAAGCCUAUCGCUGAAGGCACGUGCUGCCUCAGGAACUGGCCAGACGACGAGAUACUGGGACUGCUGCAAGCCGUCGUGUGCCUGGUCAGGAAAGGCUAGCGUCAGCGCACCGGUGACGACAUGCGACAAGAACGACAGCCCUUUAACGAAUCCCAACGCCGUGUCCGGAUGUGACGGCGGCACAGCCUUCACUUGUACGAACAACUCACCGUGGGCCGUCAAUGACCAGUUGGCCUACGGGUUUGCGGCGACGGCUAUCGCAGGCGGUACCGAGGAGGGCUGGUGCUGUGCUUGCUAUAAGCUCACAUUUACCUCGGGCGCCGCAGCAGGAAAGACAAUGAUCGUCCAAUCGACCAACACGGGCGGCGACCUUGGCUCGAACCACUUCGACAUCAUGAUGCCCGGCGGCGGCCUCGGCAUCUUCGACGGUUGCACCGCCGAGUUCGGCACAACCCUUCCGGGUGAGCGUUACGGAGGCACCACGAGCCAAUCCAUGUGUGACUCGAUGCCCACGAGCCUACAGGCCGGCUGCAAUUGGCGCUAUAACUGGUUCGGCGACAGCGACAACCCGGGUGUCGAGUUCGAGCAAGUUCAGUGCCCAGCCGCCAUCAUCGCUGUGUCGGGCUGCAAGCGCGAUGAUGACUCGACGUUCCCGGCUGUGGAGGAGGCUUCCGCGGGUACUUCGGCUGGCACGAGCACGGUCAGCAGUAUUGUCAGCACCAGGGCAAAUGAUGCUGCAACGAGCAUCCCCGUCACUAGCCCCACAAGUAGCUCGACCAGCACCACAGCCGCUGCUAGCACGCCCGUUGGAAUGAAGAAGUGCAAGAACAAGAAGAGAUCCGAACAUCUUGCCAUGCACCAGCACAAAUGA